AUGGCAGAAACACCUUCAGCUGGUUUUAGCAUUUCUCCGAAACGUAAUUUGUCUAAUGAAAUCUCCAUCAUGAUGGAAAAAUUUAAGCCUAAACAUCCCUCCAACACGACUGGUUCUCCAUCUAACUUCCAGAAGAUUGUUGCAGAGCUCGUGGGGACGUACAUUCUUAUAUUUGCAGGCUGUGGGGCUGCUCUGGUUGAUAGAGAGAGGACACUGACAAUAGUGGGCAUAGCAGUGGUUUGGGGUUCAGUUUUGAUGGCAAUGAUAUAUGCACUUGGACACAUCUCAGGUGCCCAUUUUAAUCCUGCAGUCACCAUUGCCUUUGCUUCUGCCUCCAGACUUCCAUUACCACACGUGCCAAUGUAUGUUGUGUCCCAGUUGUUGGGUUCAACACUUGCAUGCCUCACUCUUAGACUAUUGUUCAAUGACCAAGACAAUAUUCUCCCAACACUAACCCAGUACUCUGCUUCAACUACUGAUCUUCAAGCUCUUGCAUGGGAAUUCAUCAUCUCUUUCACUCUGAUGUUCACCAUAUGCGGCGUAGCCACUGAUCACAGAGCGAACAAACAACUUUCUGGAGUUGCAAUAGGAGGUACAGUGUUGCUUAAUGUCAUGAUUGCAGGGCCGGUCACUGGAGCUUCAAUGAAUCCGGCAAGGAGUAUAGGCCCUGCUGUAGUCUCUGGUGUUUACAAAAAUAUCUGGGUUUUCGUCGCAGCCCCUAUAAUAGGAGCCAUGGCUGCAACCUUUAUAUACAGUCUUCUUCGAUUGCCUGAGCCAAAUGAAUCCAACGACACAACCAAAAGCAUAAACAAUGAUCUAUACCUUGAUUCUAUACAGUAGAAAGAAUUCCUUCCAAGUGGGAAGUUAAUCUGAACUCCGGGAAAGUGUUAGCAGAAAUGCAGAAUGAUGCCUCAUUGGAUUUCUCUCAAGAAUUCAGUAAUACAAGAAAUGAUGUUCCAAUUUCUUGUUGCAGUUUGAA